AUGCCGGGAAUACAGCGCUUUCAAUUUGAAUUCGACGAGUUCGGGGGGCCCGGGGCCCCCCCCCCUCGCUGCAGCGCGGAGUUCAGCAGCGGACUUGAGCGCCACAGCUUUCCCCCCUGGGCCCCCAGCCAGACGCAGCCCGCGGCGCGGGCCUAUUGCUCUGGCCUGGGGGCAAGCAAAUCGCCCCAGGGGCCCCAGGGGCCCCAGGGGCCCCAGGGGCCCCCUUCGAGGCCCGAGGGGGCCCCCCAAACUGUUUUGCCUUACCCAUUUUCUUCGAGCUCCCAGUCGCUGUCCUUAAGGACAAACUGCUCCUACGAGCAGCAGCGGGCCUCUCUGCCCGACAGCAGCCUCCGCAGCAACCCCGCUGCUGCUUUGGGCGCCUUUUGGGGCCACAGGCAGCAGCAGCAGCAGCAGCAGCAGCAGCAGCAGCAGCAGCAGCAGCAGAAAGCCCCGCGGGAGAACUGGUGCAUGCCAGCAGCAGCUCAAGAAGCUGCUGCUGCUUCGCUGCGAGAAGCAGCAGCAGCAGCAGCAGCAGCUUGUGACGGCUCCCAGGGCUUUUCCUUUCCCCUCCCCCUUUCCCAAGACUGCAGCAGACACACAACCCAAAAAGAAGCAGCACAAGUGCCAGCAGCAGCAGCAGCCUCAAAGGCCCAGGGGGCCCCCGGGGCCCCCGGGGCCCCGGGGGCCCCCGGGGGCCCCGGGGGCCCCCCUGGGUCUCGGGCUAGUGUGUCUCAGUGCUGUUCAACUCAGGCGGACACAGAGCUCUCAUCAAGCUCUCAGCAGCUGCUGGCAGCAAACGCCAAACUGCAGCAGCAGCAGCAGCAGCAGCAGCAGCAGCAGCAGCAGCAGCAGCAGCGGAAACGGCCGAGUGGGGAGACAGAGCGCAGCAGCGGGGAACAAGAAGGCAAUAAAAGAGCACUCACCGCAAGUGCAGCAGCAAAGGGCGACGGCUGUGCCGGCAGCUUUAGAGCCUUGGAGUGGCAGCAACGGCAGCAGCAGCAACAGCAGCAGCAGCAGCAACAGCAGCAGCAGCAACAGCAGCAGCAGCAGCAGCGGCAGCAGCAGCCACAAGAAGAGCAACAACAGGCCUUUUCACAUCGGGAAAGGCAAGGAGAUAGAGCAGCAGCAGCAGCAGCAGAGCUGCACCAGCUGGACUGUCUGCAGCCAAGCAUGAGUUAUUAUCCCUUCAACAGAGCAGCAGCAGCAGCAGCAGCAGCAGCAAGGGAAGGCAGAAGCAUGAGCAGCAUGAACCCUUAUUUGUACUUGGGACUAGCGAGCCGCCAGCUGCAAGCAGCACCUCCAGCUGCUGCUGCUGCUGCUGCUGCUGCUGCUGCCAACAGGCAGCAAGCAGCAUGCAGCAUGGGCUUCUCCAGGACUCUCUUGCCUGAGUCCCAUCGUUUUCGCUGCAGCGAAACGCAGCUGGCUGCCUUUGCGGCCUCCACAGCCUCCCACCCAGCAGCAGCAGCAGCAGCAGCAGCAGCAGCAGCAGCAGCAGCAGGGGAGCAGCAGCUGUCGUCGAAGGCAUCGGAUGUCUCGACUUGUUUGGAAGAGCUGCCCCUGGAGCAGCUGCUGCGGCGCCUUUCGAAGCAAGACGUGCAAAUGCUCAUACAAUCGACGCUGCGCCCCGCAGCAGAGGAGCAGCAGCAAGCAGCAGCAGAAGCAGCAGCAGCAGAAGCAGCAGCAGCAGAAGAGGCAGCAGCAGAAGAGGCAGCAGCAGAAGAGGCAGCAGCAGAAGCAGCGGCAGCAGAAGCGGCGGCAGCAGAAGCAGCGGAGGCAGAAGCAGCAGCAGUAGCUGCCGCUGCUGCCGCUAUGGCUGCUGCAGCACGAACGCCGCAGCCAGCAGCAACAGCGGCUGCUGCUGCUGCUUCUGCUGUUGCUGCUGCUUCUGCUGUUGCUGCGGCACAAACGCCACGGCCAGAAGGUGCAAUAGAAACAGCUGCAGCUGCAGCAGCACAGGCGCCGGCAACAGAACCCGCAGCAGCAGCAACAACGGCAGCAGCAACUGCAGCAGCAGCAGCAGCAGCAGCGGCAGCAAUGGAGCCAGCGGCAGAGACAACAGCAGGUGCAGCAGCAGCAGCAGCAGCAGCAGCAGCAGUGGCUCUCCCUGCCUCUCGAAAGCUGCACAACCGGACGCAUGCAGCAGCAACAAAAGCAGAAGGGCCCCUCAGCAGCUCCAAGGCAGCAGCAGCAAAGGCCAAGAAGACACAAAAGCCAGAAGCUGAAGUCAAAAGCAAAGGGAGAAAGAUAAAAGAAAAAAAAGAAAAGUUCAAUAAAUUAAUUCCCACUUUUGCUGCCAACGCCUGCCACAUCAGACGCUCUCUUCCUGAAUCCUAUCAAUCCCCUGGGGGCGAGCAGCAGCAGCAGCAGCAGCAGCAGCACGAGCAGCAGCAGCACGAGCAGCAGCAGCACGAGCAGCAGCAGCACGAGCAGACGCCGGAAGAGGCACCCGCCGGUGCUGUUGAGACUUCAGUUCCUUCAACGGCAGCAGCAGCAGCAACAACAGCAACAGCAGCAGCAACAGAAGCAGCAGCAGCAGCAGCAGCAACAGAAGCAGCAGCAGCAACAGCAGCAGCAGGCAGCAGCAGCAGCACGAAGCCGAGCACAAAGCUGCCCGCUAAAAAGUACCGCAGCUGCGGUGUACAGACAAUCUUGCAAAUGGAAUACUCCGGAGGAAAAGAAAGAUGCGCUGCAUGCGCUCCGCAGCAGCAGCCGGGGGACUCGCAGCAAGUUGAACAGGGGAGGCAGCGAAGCAGCAGCAAAAGCUGCAGCUCCAGCAGCAGCAGUAGCAGCAGCUCCAGCAGCAGCAGCACCAGCAGCAGCAGCAGCAGCAGCAGCUCCAGCAGCAGCAGCAGCAGCAGCAGCUCCAGCAGCAGCAGCACCAGCAGCAGCAACAGCAACAAAGAAAAGUCAAAGGACUUCGAAUUUGCUUCGAGACAAACACCAGGAGUCUGA